AUGAUUGUAGUUGCUUUGGUUGUGUUCUAUGCUAGCAGAAGCCUUUUCCAAGGUUUGCUGUCGGCUCUAGAGCGCCGCGUUCCCCGCUUGCUGGGAGCCUUGGGGGCUGGCGAUAUGGGGAACUCGUGCGUUUGCCGCGACGACAGCGGGGCGGAAGACAACGUCGAAUCGCAGAGCCGGCAGACGGAGGACAGGAGAGCGCGCGUCCCCGAAGCGAGAAGCCACCCGAGGGACCCUGUUCGUCCACCCAGGAGGGGUCGAGGGCCUCACGAACCCAGACGGAAAAAACAGAACGUGGAUGGGCUAGUGCUUGACACACUGGCUGUAAUUCGGACGUUAGUAGAUAAUGACCAGGAGCCUCCUUAUUCAAUGAUCACGUUGCACGAAAUGGCAGAAACAGAUGAAGGCUGGCUGGAAGUUGUCCAAUCUUUAAUUCGAGUUAUUCCAUUAGAAGAUCCCUUGGGACCAGCUGUUAUAACGCUACUACUUGAUGAAUGUCCGCUGCCAACAAAAGAUGCAUUGCAAAAAUUAACCGAAAUAUUAAACUUAAGCGGAGCUGCUGCUUGCCAGGAUGCUUGUCACCCUGCCAAACACCGGAAUACGACGGCGGUGCUGGGCUGCUUAGCAGAGAAGUUAGCAGGUCCUGCGAGCAUAGGCUUACUCAGCCCAGGCAUAUUGGAAUAUUUACUUCACAGCUUG